AUGACAAGCAUUGAAGGACCAUUUGAAUUGCAUAUCUGGGGCCCAUUGGGUGAUCUACCUUCAUUUUCACCCGAAUGUCUUGCUGCAGUAUGGUACAUUACACAAGCAAUUCCUGAAGAACUACAAGCCCAAGUACUAAUCUACCAAUCUUCUAAUACAAAUGUAUCACCAGCUGGUGUUUUACCAGCCCUCGUUCAUGGUGGGAAAGUUUUUUCUGGAUUCACAUCAAUUUUAAGAUACCUUAAAGCACAUGGAUUUGAUUUGGAUGCACCAGUGCUAACAAGUUCGGAACUUAAUACCAAACUGCCAGCAACCUUGGCUUAUCUGGAUACAAAUCUGGGAGCAAUUUCGCAAUAUUUAUUAUUUGUUCAGAGUAAGAAUUAUGAGAAACUGAUGCGGCCAUUGCUAUCACAAUUAAUUCCAUUUCCUAUGCAGUACUCAGUGCCAUUAAGGGAAAAGGCAAUUGCAGAGGCACAAUGUUUGUCACUUGGAUUGCAUCAACAAUCUACAUCAUCAAAUAGUAAAGAUGUACCAGAAAGCUCUCCAAUUUUAAGUAAACUUCAGUUGCAAUUGGAGGAACAACGCAAAGCACGAGAGUUGAGUAUGAAAGAGGCCAAGCAAUCUUUACGAAUGCUUUCUUUUGCACAGGAUGUAUUUCGCAAUAUUGUCAAAUUGGGUAAACAAGAUUCCAGUAGUGAUGAUGAUGGUGAGAGGAAAAGUGAUGGCAAUCAAAGUUCUUGGCAAUUGUUCCCACGGUUAUCAUCUGCAGAUUUAUUAUUGCUUGCACAUUUAAUUAUUCAGACUCACGAACGACUACCGUUUUCGCCAAUUAAGUCAUUACUGGAGGGCGAGUUCCCAGAGUUGGUUAGUUAUAUUGAACGGAAUGUAUCUGGGUUGCAUGAUUUGCAGAUGAAUAUUGUACCUACAAAACCUGAGGAUCGGCCGACGUUGUACAAUGCUGUUUCAAGUUGGGUUACCAGUUGGUUUUAA